AUGGAGGAACAGGAAGAUGUUCAAUACUGUUUUCAAGACAGAAACUCUUCUUGCAGAAAGGCUUCUUUAUCGACAUCUAUCUACAUAACACUGUACAUCUUAUUCUCAUUGAUUUCAGCAGUUACAGCAUUUUUGAACAUACUGGUGAUCAUCUCCAUCUCUCACUUCAAGCAGCUCCACACUCCAACCAACCUGCUCAUCCUCUCUCUGGCUGUGGCAGAUCUCCUGGUGGGACUGAUUGUGAUACCAGUAACGACUGUAGCAUUUACGGAACCAUGCUGGGAUUUUGGGGAAUAUUUCUGUGGGUUUCAAUUCUACAUUUCUUAUUUUUGUACUUCUUUAUCUCUGGGCAAUUUGGUCUUGAUAUCUAUUGACCGUUAUGUUGCUGUGUGUGAUCCCUUAUUGUACCACUCUAAAAUAACAAUAACAAGAAUGAUGUAUUGUAUAUCCAUUACCUGGUGUUGUUGUAUCAUAUACGAUGCUGCUAUUGUCAAAAACUUUGUAAAUGUACAGGUACCCAGUAGGUGUUUGAAAGAAUGUUUUAUUGUAGAAGAAUUCAAUUGGGUAAAAAUAAUUUGCCUUGUAUUUUCAAUGGUUGUCCCGUGCUCUAUUAUUAUAACACUUUAUUUGAAAAUAUUUGUGGUGGCCAGAUCACAGGCCAGAAAGGUAUUUUCAAAAGAGGCUGCCAGUGUGUCUGGUGUUAAAACUGUACAGGCAAAUAAGUCAGAAAGAAAAGCAGCAAAAACUCUAGCUAUUGUUGUUUUCAACUAUCUCAUUUGUUGGAUUCCAUUUUUGUUUAUAAAUCUUUUUUUGUGUGUGUGUGACAAUUUAUCAUUGAUCACCGGCUUUCUGCCACUUGUUAAUUCCUUUAUCAAUCCAAUAAUUUAUGCUUUCUUUUAUCCAUGGUUUAAAGUAACAGCUAAACGUAUUUUAACUCUGAAGUUAAGGCAUGCAUAG